GUGCUAGCUUGGUCGGUAUCGUGGUGGGACGGAGAACCUGCAUUUGCCGACCGGUGCGGAUAAAUCGGCGUCACCGUUUCAUAGUUAGAAUUUUCCGAAAACGUGAACAUGUCCGAGAACUCUUCGACGGCAGAUUCGGGGGCCUUUGAGAUGUCCGAGAGCGCCGGAGUCCGAAAGCUGUCGGAGCUAAGAGUCAUUGAUCUGAAGGCCGAACUUAAAAGACGAAGCCUGGAUGUUAGUGGCAAUAAGAGCAUGUUGUCAGAGAGGCUGAAAAAGGCUAUUGAAGAGGAAGGUGGGAAUCCAGACGAAAUUGUUGUUCAGCUAGAAAUAAUGCCCAAGAAAACGCCCAAACGGACCCCCAAAGGGAAGCGUCGGGAAAACGACGAGCCUGAAGACUGCACGAUAGAAGAGGAUUCUGGAGACGGACAGGAUGAUGGAGACGGGAACGUGGAGAGUCUUCAGGACAUGGAUAUGAUGGACAUGAACGUCCUGGACGAGGCUGACAUGGACAACGGCAUGCCGGCCGAGUGUGAGGAAUACGACGCCGAGGACGUCCUGGACUCCAUGUCUAACGAGGAGAAUGCCGAGAGGACGAAAGACGACACCGUCUCCGACCACGAUGACACCGCGGAGGACAACUCCAACUCCGCUUUCGAAUCGACAAACAAAAACAGGGAGGACGAGGAGAUGUUGGACGAGAAACAGUUUUAUAUGGAUGAAAACAGUGGACUUGGAAACCAAAUGCUGAAAGAGGAGAUGUUGGAUGAGAAACAGUUUUAUAUGGAUGAAAACAGUGGGCUUGGGAACCAGACGCUGAAGGAGGAACAGGACGAGGAGGAGGAACCGGAGGAUUUGGGUGAAGAAAUAGAAAGUGAGAAAGUAGCCGGGUCUUGUAUUUCUGAGCUGAUUAAGGAAGACGAGCAGCUGGAAGAGGGCAAACCUUCCAGCGGGAAUUCGGACAAUGUUCCGGAGGAAGAGAACGCGUCCGGCCUCGCCAAAGGCGAUCGGGCCGUCGAUUUGGACGGAGAAGCUCCGGCGGGCGACGGGGAGAAGGAACCGCCGAAGCGAAGCGAGAAAGAACUGGUUUGCGAGGAACGGCAAAACGUCCAGGGAAUUUCGAUGGAUGCAGACAAAGCAUCCGCUCAGGCCUGUAGCGUAAACGAUCGGAGCGCGGGCGAAAUUGAAAACGCUGUCGAUUGUGAAACGGCAUCUAAAGACGAGGGAGAGGAAGAAGACAAGAGGAAGAGUGAGGAGGAAGAGUCCUCAGCAGCGAAAGAUGCCACAGUAGAGGGUGGUGAUCAGACACUAAGCUCUGAUGGCGAUAAAACAAGUAAAACUGAGUCGAAGGACGAUAAAGCCUCAGCAGGCAGCUCUGCAGCCAGCAGCGGUAGAAAUCUUUGGGUGAGCGGACUGUCCUCCACCACCAGGGCGACAGAUCUGAAAAACCUCUUCAGCAAGUACGGCAAGGUCGUCGGCGCCAAAGUGGUGACGAACGCCCGCAGUCCCGGGGCGCGAUGCUACGGGUUUGUGACCAUGUUCUCCACAGAGGAGGCCACCAAGUGCAUCAGCCAGCUCCACAGGACGGAGCUCCACGGGCGCAUGAUAUCAGUGGAGAGAGCCAAGAACGAGCCGGCGGGGAAGAAGGCAACGGAGAAGAACGAGGGCAAGAAACCGGGCGGUGAAAGGAGACACUCCUCUGACUCUAAGGCUGAAAAAUCUGACAGCAAAGAGGAAAAGACAGAGGCCUCCGACAACAAGGGACGUGGAGAGGAGAGGACUGUGGUGAUGGACAAAUCAAAAGGAGAACCGGUCAUCAGCGUGAAAACCAAGAGCAAAGAGAGGAGCACGAAGAGCCGAGACCGCAAGUCUUCGAGCAAAGAGAAGCGAGACAUCCUGUCGUUCGACCAGAUCAAAGAACAGCGCGAGAGGGAACGGCAGAGGCAGAGGGAGCGAGAGAUCAGAGAGGUGGAGAGGCGCAGGCAUUCUGGGGACCGGGACCGGGACAGCCGCGCGGAGCGCGAACGCGAGCGGAUCCGUCUCUUCCGUGAGAAGGAGGAGAGGGAGCGACUGAUGAGGAAGAGGAGGUGGCUGGAGAUGGAGAAGCAGCGUCUGGACGCCGACCGGAUGGAGCGGGAGUUUCUGGAGCGGGAACGCAUGCGCGUGGAGUACGAGCGCCGCCGUGAGCAGGAGCGAAUCAACCGCGAGCGGGAGGAACUCCGCAGACAGCAGGAGCAGCUGAGGUUCGAGCAGGAGAGACGACCCCUGAAGAGACCCUACGACAUCGACAGCAGGAAAGAAGACUGGCCCGACAAGAGAAUGGCCAUGGACGACCGCUACGGACGCUCAGACUUCGGUCGGCAGGACCGCUUCCAGGACUUCGACCACAGAGACCGCAACCGUUACCAGGACGACCUGCUCAUGGACAGGAGGGACGCAGGCCGAGGGCUGGCUGGAGACAGAGACAGUCAAGUCAUGAAGCACUUUGAUCGGGACAGACACGGCAGAGACUCGCGUGACGCCUGGGGGGGCUACGACAAACGCGGCAUGAACCAGAGGGACAGCCGUGAAUGGGACGCUGGGCGUAAAAUGGACGGAGAGCGACCUUGGCAAGGUGCAGAGCGGGGUAUUCCAGGCCAGAGUCACAUGGGUAGAGGUGGAAUGGCAAGCCGCGGCGGGUACAUGCAGACCGGGACGUCCCAGUCCCUGUCGGGCGCGUUAAACCGACAGAAUCAGAUGAUCCAGGGCAGCGGAAUGCAAGGGGCCGCGUUCGGACGCCGAUAUUAACGGAACGCGUCUGACGCGCCUGUCGACUCGUUUACGCAACUCGGAUUGUGCUGCCUGUAAACUUGCUCUUUACGCCUUUGUAAAUUCGUACCUUCCGAUUUCUUCCUCUUUUUUUUUUUUAAAGCCGUGUAACUCUCGUUUCUCUCCUGUAAAAAGACAAACAUGCAUUGUUUCAGUGCUUCAGAACUUAACGUCUUCAGUUUUACGCAUGAUUUAAAUUCGUCAUAGUUUUCCAUUCCAUUUUUUUUUUGUUGUUGUUCUUGAUGUUUUAAAUGGAUUUUUGAUUUGUAAUUAUUGUUUAUUAUUUGUCCUGUGAUGCUUUGUGUCACUGAUGUUCUCGGUUUAUUGAAUGCUCAGGUAUGCGUUGGAGAAAAGACUCCAUAAUCCC